AUGGCUUUCUGGCCAGGCCUGCAGCCCCCAGCCUUGCUCUACGUCGGCAAUACGUGCUCCGUCCAAGUGGUUAUUCGACUUGAAGACGUGGAAAGCUAUGAGACACAUUCCUCAGGUGUUAACAUAUAUGCCUACAAUCAGAAGCACUCGUUCACUGACUUUGUCGGUGAAUCCGGUGUGGCUUUCCUUUCUAACUACCUCCGACUAACCAAAAAGCCGAAUCCUGUCGGGGACUCCGGUGUUUCUUCUAAGCCCUCCUUCCGUCAGUCACCCGUUUUGGUCAAUGAAAAGGCCUCUAAUCCCCUCUUACCCAUCGAGCCUCCAACCAAACCUUCUAGGUCGAAAAAUGGGCUCUCUGCACGACAAUCUGUGUCUCCAGCUGACCCUUUGGCUUUCAAGUCUAUCACUGGUGACGGUGGUAGCAGCGGCGGUCUAUCGACCAUUUCCGAUGUGGCUUACAAAGCCUCCUGCAUUCCUCUCCUUCUUCUCACCCGAAUCCUUAGCUUCGCUGUUGCUAUGGCAACCAGCUCGCUGCAGGCGACUCCCUUUGGAUUUCAACCCCCCCGAGCUUUUACCAAAUUUAUCGCCUACAUAGUGCCGUCAAAAGUUGUUUUUGGUGGCAUUCCGAUUUCUGUGGUUUUCCUUAGUCCUUAUCCAAGACGUUUGGCAUUUCUCACUAUCUCCGUGGUUUACCUCUGCUACCGUCUUCAGCACAUUCCACUGGACGACUCAGUGGGAAUUAUUAACAGAAACACCUACGUCAACAGUAACGAAGCUGGAGAAGAAAAGUACGUGAUUCAGUCCUCAACUCGGCUGUUUCCAAUCCAUGGAAAUCCUUUCCCCACACCAAACCACCUCAAGAGAGGGAGUGUAGAGGGUGAGGAAGCUCUUCAGAAUCUACACAGCACACGUCCAGUUACUGACAUGGACUGGAAUCUACGAGAGGCCUCCCACCACGAUGCUCCUUGGCCAUCAUCCAUCAGUUGGAGUGUGAGUGGAUCCAUUCGAGGCAUCCGUCAACGGUUGGCGUGGCUCUUAUUGGCAUUGACAGCAUACAGAUUCCACAGUGCGGCAACGUCCGUGCUGGCUCUUUGCAUGGCUCCAACCACACACCCACCGUACCUACGCACUUCCCCUUCUUCUAAUGCCAACGCCACGAGACGCGACCACAACACUGAAAUGCACCGCGAAUUGAAGGAUGAGAACAAAAUCACACCGAAAAGACAUGGCCUGGUUUGUCUGGGUCUUUGGAUACAUCUACGUGUGUCCAUGAGCACAUUGUCAGGAGCCAUUCUCAUCCGCGGUUCACAAAGCCAAUCCACUUUCUGA